UCGAACUGUCAUUGUCAUCCUCUUCGCCUCGAUGUCGUCGUCGUCGUCGUCGUCGUCGUCAUCGUCAUCGAAAGUAGCGGCAAGCGUUCCCGCGAACAAAGGCGACCAGCAGGAGUUCCCACUGACCUUGGACAAAGAUGCCAGCGAGCACAGCAUCUCCAGCAUGAUCUCGUGCGUGUCCGUCUCGCCGAAACAUGCAGAGAAUAGCCUGCGCGUCAUGGAAAGCUAUCUGCACAAACAGCAGCUGACGGACGUCACGCUGAUCGCGGGAAAUAGACGUUUUCCAGCUCAUCGAUUGGUGCUCAGUGCUGGGUCUGAAUACUUUGCUGCUAUGUUCACAAGUUCACUGCGAGAGGCAGUGCAAGAUGAAAUAGAAUUAAUGGAUGUAGAUGGAGAUGCAUUAUGGGCUUUAGUUCUUUAUUGUUAUACAGGUUGCAUAGAAUUACAAGAAGAUAGUGUAGAGACCCUUCUUGCAACCGCAUGCUUGCUGCAAUUGAAUCCAGUUAUUAAAGCUUGUUGCCAAUUUCUUGUUAAACAACUUCAUCCAAGCAACUGUCUUGGCAUACGGAUGUUCGCGGAUACACAGGGUUGUACAGAAUUAUUUGAGCAUGCGCAUGCAUACACGACCAAACAUUUCAUGGAAGUUACAAGAAACCAAGAGUUCUUACUUUUAUCUGCUAAUGAAGUUGCAAAACUACUCGAAUCUGAGGAUCUUAGUGUUCCAUCAGAAGAAACUAUCUUCCAUGCACUUAUGACUUGGCUGGAACAUGAUCCAGAAAAUAGGAGCAAAGACGCUAGCAAAUUACUAGGUUUAGUCAAAUUACCGUUACUAUCACCCGCGUUUAUAGCUGACAAUAUCGAGAGCAACGAAAUGUUCAAGGACCAAAGGAUGGCACAGGAAUUAGUAAUGGAAGCAUUGAAGUAUCAUUUGUUACCUGAACGAAGGCCUUUGCUACAAUCAGGAAGAACAAAGCCAAGAAAGGCUACCGUGGGUACGUUGUUAGCUGUUGGAGGGAUGGACGCUAACAAAGGUGCUACGUCUAUAGAUGCAUUUUCAUUACGUGACAAUGCAUGGAUGUCUUUGGCUGCCAUGAGUGGCAGAAGACUGCAAUUCGGUGCAGUAGUAGUCGAUAGGAAAUUAAUUGUCGCAGGUGGCAGGGAUGGUUUAAAAACACUGAAUACGGUGGAAUGCUUUGAUUUCUCCACUUUUCUAUGGAGCACUUUACCACCUAUGAAUGUUCAUCGUCAUGGAUUGGGAGUAGCAGUGUUAGGUGGACCCUUGUAUGCUGUUGGUGGGCAUGAUGGUUGGAGUUUCCUCGAUACUGUAGAGAGAUGGGAUCCAGCGACGCGUCAGUGGAGCUCAAUAUGUCCUAUGUCCAUACAAAGGUCUACAGUUGGCGUGGCUGUAUUAAAUGAUAAGUUGUACGCCGUAGGAGGGAGAGAUAUCAGUUCCUGCUUAAAUACUGUGGAAUGCUACGAUCCUCACACUAACAAGUGGACACCGUGUGCACCUAUGUCGAAGAGGCGAGGUGGAGUAGGUGUGGGAGUAGUGAAUGGUUGCCUUUAUGCACUCGGUGGUCAUGAUGCUCCAGCCACUAAUCCUAAUGCUAGCAGAUUUGAUUGUGUAGAAAGGUACGAUCCUAAAACUGAUACGUGGACUAUGGUCGCACCAAUGAGCGUGCCUCGAGACGCAGUCGGUGUCUGUGUGCUAGGUGAUAGAUUGAUGGCUGUGGGAGGUUACGACGGUCAACAGUAUUUAACACUGGUGGAAGCCUAUGAUCCACAUCUUAACGAGUGGGAACCUGUUGCUCCUCUUAAAGCUGGCCGUGCAGGACCCUGUGUCGUCGUAAAAUAUUUAGCCAAUAACACUUAAAUCACUUAUAAUUAGUAACCAGGCUUAUCUUCCUUAUAUUGAUUUGGGUAUAUUUCAAAGAAUUUGUUCUCUCUCUCUCUUUCUCUCUUGUGACAUCGCACACACAUUAAAUUAAUUACAGUGUUACUUCUUUUGAAAAGCAAUAUUAAGUAACACUAUUCACAACUAAGUAUUAAAUUUUUUCUUAGCAUAUAGUAAUUUUUAUAGGAUUUUUACACGUUUUUAUUGAUAUUGGCAAACAGUAUUUUUGCUGCUUAUUUACGAGUAUGUACACAUGAUUGCGCGAUUUUAUAUAAACAUUCAAUCUCUAAUGAAUAAUUUUGCUAAUAACAAAGUGGUUGUGGCAGUUUGUAUUUAUCAUAUAAAUUUAGAACAUAUGUAAGAACUUUCUAGAAUUUGUAUAUACAAAUAUGGUUUUCUCAUAAGAAGAAACACAAUUUCUCGUAAAUUUCUUCGUACUUCUGUGAUGUACAAUAAAUUAUUAACUUUUUCUACAAAUGUAUGAUAGAAUAUAAGUGUUAGAUAUAAAAACUGAAAAAUAAGUAUUAUAGAAGUAUUUUCAGAGUUGGGAAAUAACAUGUUACUUGUAACAUUGUUACCGUUAUCGCUAUUUUUUUCAAUAGCAAUUGUUACUUUUUUCUAUUUGUAACUGUAACAAAUUCAACCGUUACUUUUAUCGUUUAAUUAUCUCUAUUCAAUAAUAGAUAAUGUGCUGGUUGUGUGCUGAUAGCGUGUAUUAGAUAUUCUUGGUUGGAUAGAAAUAUUUCGAUAUUCGCUGAAAGACAGUUGCAGUUGGGAAUAUUUUGUUAGAUGAACUGGCUACAUUAAAAAUAAUAAUUUAAGAUUAAAAAACAAUUUUAUUUUAAAAUCAAUUAAAUAUUUUAUUUUAGUAUUAUAAAAAUGUAACAAAAAAGUAACUAUUAUUUCUUAGUAAAGAUAAUGGUAACGCGUUACUUUUUUGAAGUAACGUUCCCAACUUUGAGUAUUUUUAAUAUCGUUCGCGUGCGUGUUAAAUUAUAGUAUUAUCGAUUGAAAUGCAAAAGUCGAAGUCUGACGAGCUUUUACGUAGCGAAGGAAAUGUAAGAACAAAUUAUUUUUCUCAUCAAGAUAAAUGUCUUUAUUUACA